AUAUUUGCAUUUGCUUCAGUAGUACUUCUAUGAUCUGUAGUACAUAUACUAUCAUGAGUUAGAGACCUUCUGGUCAAUGUACUGUUUACUCUUUGCAGUUAAUAAUUGUAGCAUUUUCUACUAAACAAAUAAGUAAACAGAGUAAAGGUUGGUUUCUGAUCAAACUUAAGGACAAACUGUUGGCUUUAUAAUCCAGUCCAGCUUGAGGAAAGAGACUGCAGCUGCCUGGACAGGGCCUAAAUUCAUCUGUUGGCUCAUCUUGAAAAGGAAUCAUGGAAAGGAACAUCAUAUAUUUGUGGAUUUGUGCUUUUGCAGUAGUUCAUGGAAAUCAAGAGACUUCACCACAACCUCCCAUCAGUGAUAAACUCCCAUCAUUGAUAAAGAUGAACAAUGAUUUUGCUUUUCACCUGUACAAGAGGCUUGUAGAAAUGCCAGAGUAUCAGUCCAAGAACAUCUUCUUCUCUCCCUUCAGUGUGUCCAUGGCCCUUUCUGAGCUGUGUUUAGGAGCCGGUGGUGAAACCAAAGAGCAGCUUCUCAGUGGCAUCGGCCAUAACAGCUCGGUCUUCAGCACUGAAGAAAUGCACCAGAUGUUCCACAGUCUCCUGGAAGAAAUCGACCAGAGGACAGGGGUGGACAUUGAUGUCGGCAGUGCUUUAUAUGCAAGCGACAAAUUAAAGGUCCUUCCUGAGUUCUUAAAGGAGAUAAAGGAGUUUUACCACUCUGAUGGCUUCACUGUGGAUUUCAGCGUCAAAGAAACACUGGAUAAAAUUAACAUGUAUGUGAAGGAAAAAACACAUGGGAAAAUAGACCAAGCUGUUGAUGAUCUGGAAUCUGACACUCUGAUGUUUCUUCUCACUUACAUAUAUUUUAAAGGAAAAUGGGACAUGCCAUUUAACCCAAGCAAGACCAGUCAAAGUAGAUUUCAUGUGGAUGCUGAGACCACCGUUCCAGUACAAAUGAUGCACCAGUACAAAUCCCUCAAAGUUUAUUAUGAUGACGAACUCAAUUCUAAAGUCCUCUGUCUAGACUACAACGACUCUUUCUCCAUGUUUCUGGCUGUACCAGAUACUGACAGGCCAGCUAAGACGAUCAAAGAUCUGGAGAUGGCCAUCUCUAGACAGCACAUUGAAAAGUGGAGGACAGCUGUCAGAAAAAGAAAAACUGACAUCUUUGUCCCCAAGCUCUCUCUGAAAACAACAUAUUCCCUGAAAGAUAUUUUGAAAGGAAUGGGAAUGGCUGAUAUGUUUUCAGAUAGAGCCAACUUCACAGGAAUUUCAGAGGAAAAUAUGCUUAUUUCAAAGGUUUUGCAUAAGGCCAGUCUGGAUAUAGAUGAGAAAGGAACCACCGCAGCAGCAGUGACAACGGUUGAUUUCAGACCAAUGUCCUACAGCCCAUUGGAUACUUUGAGUUUUGACCGUCCAUUCAUGAUUUUUAUCACUGACCAAAAAAAUGACAACAUCUUCUUCUUUGGAAAAGUUGUCAAUCCGGCGGAAAAACAGUAAUGUGGCAUUCAAAAUGUCAUGACAACAUUAGCCAGCAGGUGGCUGUGAUUUAAACAACUGUUGUGCCAUUAUAUUUCUAUUAAUAUAGGACAGAGAUACUCAAUUCUUCUUCUGGAGGUCUUGGGUCUUUCUUGGAGACCUAGUAUUUCUGUUUCCUCUGGUGAAUGUAUACUUAUCUGCCAAGUAAUAACUGUAACUUCUUAAUUGAAAAAAAAAUAAACAAGUUAAAAUAAAUAAAUUAAGGGAUACAA